ACGCAUGAUGGGUAUAACUCAUUGACACCACCCAGCAGCACAGCUCUCCCUGGCCUCCUCCCAUCCACUGUUCUUCUUCUUCUUUUUCUUCUUCUUCUUCUUCUUCUUCGGAUCUGAAAUCAUCAUCUGCCAUGGCCGAUCUUCAUCUCCGAUCUUGCGUCGAUUCAUCAUGGCGAAUUUUCUGUAGGAGCUUGAAUUGAGGUAUCGGAAAGGCCUGGGUCGAAACGGAUUAUAGCGGCAGCCAUCUCGCCCGUCCACCGUCGUUUCGCGACUUCUCCGAACGCCUGGUUCCGCCAGUCCGCCGUCUUUCAAUCACUUUGCACUCUGUAGCUCCCAUUCGUUCAGGGCUUCAGCUGUUGUAGGUUGGAAUGCUAGGUGGUUCUCGUGUCCAACUCAAGGGCUGGCAGCGGGCUGCUGUUGCACUUGGUUCAGCAGUGGGGGCAUUGUUGGACCCAAGAAGAGCUGACCUUAUUGCAGCUUUAGGGGAAACCACCGGGAAACCUGCUUUUGAAAGGGUUUUGCAAAGGAUGAAGAAUAGUCCCGAAGGCAGGGCAAUCUUAUCGGAGCGUCCCCGAGUAAUCUCUUCUCAAGUGGGCCAUGCAUGGGAACUGCCAGACAACACAUUUGGCGCUGCGUACGCCAAGUUCAUGGGAUCAAGAAACUUCUCACCUGACGACCGCCCGCCCGUCCGGUUCAUGGAAACCGACGAACUGGCUUACGUGGCGAUGCGGGCCCGCGAGGUUCACGACUUCUGGCACACCCUCUUCGGCCUCCCCACCAACAUGAUCGGGGAAACGGCGCUCAAGGUGAUAGAGUUUGAGCAAAUGAUGCUCCCCAUGUGCAUGAUGUCUGUGGUGGGUGGCACCGCAAGGUUCAGCGAGAGACAGAGGAGGUUGUUCUACCAGCAUUACUUCCCUUGGGCUCUCCGGGCUGGUCUGAGAUGCACCGACUUGAUGUGCGUGUAUUAUGAGCGACACUUUGGUGAAGAUCUGGAGGACGUUCGACGAAGAUUUGGGAUCGUUCCGGCUCCACCUCCGACGUCCUAAACCAACUUGUGUGUGAACUUCUGUGAAGGAGAUGCAGUUUUUCCAUUUCUGUUCCCAAUUCACAGCCUUUUUUCUUCAAUGAUUAUGGGGGGGUUUUGUUUUUUGGAGUGAAGAAAUGAAGUGGUUGAACUUGGAAACAUAUAUUCAAAAUCAUAUUGAAUUUGAAUAUGAUGAUUCAAAAUCAUCUUUCUCCUGGGUUUCUUUGCCCUGGAAACACAAGUAUUGACGAGAACAGAAGUUGAAACACAUAUUUGAAUCAUUUUGAAUUUGAAUACUAUAUAAUUUUUAUACUACUAUAAUAUACAUUAUAGUAAUUU